CAUGACAUCACUGAAAGAGCAAGUAAACGAUGACGACGAACUCCGAAGCCACGAGCAAGAUCUCCGACGAUCACCGCCGCUCGGUCGAGAUCAACAGCAUCGGAGAUCGUGAGACUUUGUACACCCUUCUUCGCCGAUUUGUCUCUGGGGUGACCUCUCCCGACGCCGCCGCAUCACCGCCUCCGCCGCUGUUCCGGAGGAUCCGAACCUCUUUCCUUGAGACCGCGCCGAAGCUUCCAGAUGCUUCCAGAAACUCUGCGCAUGAUCUCCUCAUAUGGACUCGCCGCGGCAGCCCUCUCCGCUCUCUUCUUGUCAUCUCUGUUGGGACUAUUGUACUUGUUGCUUUGACAGGAUUGCUGAUUUUUACACUUUUCCUUUUGGCCGCAACUCUUAAUGCUGUUAUCAUCUCGUUUCUCAUAUCUUUGGCAGCUGCUGGAGGGUUUUUAGCCCUUUUCUUUGCCUGCUUAACGGCAGUUUAUAUUUGGUCCUUAUCGGUUGCAAUAUUUGUCAUUUCCAUCACAACUAGCUUAACAAUCUUUGCUGUUGUUAUAGCUACAGGGUGGGUCGGGUUCUUUUGGGUUGUCUGGCUCACCGCCAAUAAAAGCUUGAACAUUGCAAAGAGCUCACUCAGCAUGACGACCUCAGCACUAGCAGCGUAUUCAGCAUCACGACAUUCUCAUCACAGCACAUCAUUGAAAUCUGCCAAUUGAAUCAGGAGGAAUGGCUGUCUCUCAGCCAGUGAGAAUGACAUAUUAUGUUGUGGUCUGUGGUCCUUAUUCACCAUCUGUUGAGGAGAAAUUUUGUGCAUUUGAAGUCAAUGUGAUAUCUUGAUCGACAAUGUGCAACAACAGCUUUGUGUGUCUAGAAAAAUGAACCACCCUCUCCAAGCUUUGUAUUUUGUGAAUAGUGAAUGUAUGAUCCAACUCUUUUGUAUGAGAAAAAAAACAGUUUUUGUGCCUUUGCAUUCA